GGUGAGAAGUGAGAGAAGGGAACCCAGGCACUGGGGACACAGACAGUUCAUACUAACGUCACCCUCCCUCAGGGAAAAAAGGAAAUCCUAUGUGUGUGCGCAGCUCUAUAAGGCUCAUGCUACAGAUAAGCACUGUCCCUAAACAGACAGACACAGGCGAAGGGACUGGGGAAAGUGAGAGGGCGGACUAGUGAUUGCUGAACCAAAAAGGGAGGGCGAGAGACAGCAGCUGGAGAGGGGAUAAGAGAGGGCAUUUAGGUAUUGGUGAGGUGGGCAUGGCGGCUCAGUAAUAGGCUGCUGUGGGGGAGUGUAUGGGGACAGACUGGAAAGGAGAAGCCCCGGGGAGGAUGUAGGCAGGCAGCGGAAGGAAGCAAUUAUACUAAUGAUGGGAAACAGUGAAAGUCACAAGAGGGCUGAAAGAGAUAGAAAAGGAGACACAUUGAAAGAGCAGGGAAGCAUGGGAAGGAAGGGCCCCUGAGCAACGGGGAGAGGGGGCAUGAGGGAAAUCUCUCUGCUCGUCACAACCUGUGGCUGCUAUAGGGAUGCCCAGCUGCCCACAUCACCCCAUUGCCUGUGCACUACAUGAAGGGAAAUGGCAGUUAGGGCUGCAGCCUGUAGGUGGGACUGUAGAUAAGCUUGCUGCCAGCUACCCGAGCUGCGGGCACUCAGUGACAUGUAAGCACGUCCGUGUGCCGCCAACAUCACACACAGGAGCUGCACUCGCUAACUGACACAGCCUGGGGAGGCUCUCCCAUCGCAAGCCAAAUGUGGGGGAGGGAGCUGUGGGAAGGAGGAAGGCAGACUGUCAGCUCAGUGUACCAGGCAACAAAAGGCUGGCACCGCUCUGUCUGCCCGUCUCCUGCAGAGCUUUGCUCCCAAUCACAGCGCUACCUGCAGCCCCAAGUACCGGGGAUUCUCUGCCUAGGGAGGGGCACAGGAUAAGGGCUGAUCUAUCAUGGGAACACAUACAAAGGUUGUACUCCUGUUCCUUUAUAGUUUUUGAAGUAUAUCAACACAAUAUUUAUUUGCACAUAAAUAUGGACUUAGCAUAGGCAGCAUUGUUUCUGAUAAACAUGACAGCUGAUCUGGCUAUGCUACCAAUGACAUACUAUGAACAGACAGCGACACUGGUAAACUAAAAUUCUGUGGGAGAUAAGAAGAGCAACACAGAAAUAUAAGUGGCAGCUACAUUGCUGGAUAUGCUUAAAUAACAAACAAAAACAACACUCUCACAUGUGUUACAGAUGAGAUGUACUUUCUUGACCAGAAACCCUUCCAGAUUUAAGUGCUUAUACUGGAUGUUCUCACCUGUUCAUUUUCUUCUUCCAAGAGGGAUUCAAGAAAUUAAGCAAGAAACCCUUCAAUAAAGCUUUGAGGCCUACAGUUGUAACCUAGUUGAAACCAGGCCAAAAAAGUAAUAAGCCAGUCAAAUACAGAGAAAGAUUUAAUGGGGGGACACAAAACAAGCAGAGAGAAGGAAAGAAUAUGGAAAGCAAAUAUAAAAAAAUGAAGAUCUGGGGAUGAUAUGCCAUUCUUGGACAAAGAAUACUUGACACUGGUGCCCCCUUCAGUGAAUCUGCAUUGUGUGUUUGGGGGUACCUGCCCCUCUGUAUGGCAGAAUAAAAUGGUUAUGUCUCAGGGCACAUACACCUUCCUAAGUUGCUUUGCAGGCUUUUGGCUAAUUUGGGGACUUAUCGUGCUGCUGUGCUGCCUGUGCAGUUUUCUGAGACGACGCAUGAAGAGACAUCGGGAGGAGAGAUUGAGGGAGCAGAGCUUGCGUUCUGUGCAGAUAGAGCCCCUACAAUAUGAAGAGUAUGUGAGCAGCCCACGCAUUCCUGUGUCACAUCGGAUCCGUGCACAGGCUCCUCCGCCACCACCACAGCCACCGGCUGCACAGGCUCGACCUUGGUCUGCUGCCCGCAGGAAUGAGCCUGACCUGUCUCAGCCACCAUGUUAUGAAGAGGCACUUCUGAUGGCUGAGCCACCACCACCCUACAGCGAAGUUCUCACCGAUACGCGAGGGAUCUACCGGAAGAUCUUAAACCCCUUUUUAUCUGUCCAGGACGAGUUGGUGAAACCAGAGCAACCCCUCAGCCAUAAACAACAUCUAACAGGACAAUCACACACCCAGCCACUUCCUGGAGCACUGAGCUCACAGAUUUUGCCCAAUCCUCCGCAAGAAGCACAAAGGGCUAGGCCUCCAUCCUGGGCUGGCUCUGACAUCAGCAGUGGGGGCUUGCACAGACUUCCUGGUAGCUGCCAGCUCAUCUUUCCUAUCCCCCUGCUGGGCAGGACUACGGCAGUUUGAAUAUAUCCCUUAGCUGCUGCUCAUCAACCAUCAGCUUAAGGAAAUAUAUACAUUUUGAAUAUGAAGACCUAAUACUUUAAUUGAAUAAUGAACUAUAUGAGAGUGCACAUCACUUGCUUCUAUAAUUGUAAUUGCAAAAAAAAAAACACGGAACAUUUGAGGAGCCAUUGCUUAUGACUGUCUACUGGAAUACAAGACUUGUGACUUUAAACUUUGUACAGUUCUCCAAAAUACACAGAUGUGCUGGGCUUCAUUCUGGCGACACAGAAUAAGUGAGAGAGUGAGAUACCAUGUCCAUACUCAGACUUGAAGCCAUGUUUAUUUAUUUUUGAGUUUUUCUUUCUUUUCUCAUACUUUUUUGUGGUAUUAAAGUUAAAUGUGCCAACUAUGUUGUAUGUGUAUGUGUGUGAGCUUCCACGUGCAGCUGUAACUAGAAUUAGAGCAGUUCCUAUUGAGUGGCAGGAUGAGAAAUGUACGCCCAGGAUCUUUUUUUGGUUUGGAAGAUGCCGUUAAUCGAAAUAAAGGAAACAAAUUCAUUGUUUUACUAUUUCCAGUACUAAAUGCCAAUUAAGUUGACAAGACCCUAGCGCAUCUACUUCAAUUGGCAAUUGUUGUUCUUAUGUGUGUGUGUGUGUAUGUGAACACGUGUCUACUCCAUGUCACAAGGAUCUUUUAAUACAUCCAACCUGAAAGGGCUUUUAAUUAAAGAAACUGUAAUUUCA